UUUUUUACUACAACGCUUUACUUGAUGAAUACAAAACCGAAGUGUAAACAAAUAGUUUUUUCAUCGAAAUUAGAAAACGAUUUUCAAAGUGAAUGCUCACUCAGUCAUUAGUAAGUGUUUUAACGUGAUUCUGUGCGGAUUACAAGUACCUAAUUCCAAGUUUUAAAAUGAUGCUUUUAUGGCUAGAAUUGAAGAAAAUUGUUGGACAGUUAAGAGGAUCAAGAAACAUAUUUGGUUACAAGAGCACAGUGGCGAAUCAGCUUUACUUAUUUUAUUGUUUCGCUGGUUACAUUUAUUUCACGAACAAGAUUCAUAAACGAGUGAAAUAUUUUUGGUACGGUAUUGUGUCAUGUCAAUUGCUAUAUUCGUCUGUGAUCAGUUUGGAGUACUUCUGGUUGGAAAAAGGAACUGAUCUGAUGUUGAAAUUGCAUGUUGUUAAUCUCGUGGGCAUGAUUAACUCGACAACAAUAUUAUGUCCUAUCAUCAUGUACCUGUGCAGGGAUCGAAUCGAAGCGAUGAUACAACUAGUUGACAACAUUUUAAUGCUCGACUUGGGAUCAGGUUUCAAGAAGAAAAAAAUUCUCUCAGAUGCGAAAAAAUAUUUCGCUGUGUAUCUGAUACCCCAUGUAAUAUGUUGCUUGGUGUACUCAUUUGCGAGCAUUCCCGAUGUUGUACUAUUUUUUGAAGAAGAGAAACUAAGCAAUAGUCUUUACUAUGCGUUUCCUCCGCCAUUGGUUCAAAAAUACGCCAGCAUCUGGUUGUUUCUUAUCGCGACUGGUAUCAUAUUCAUCGUGUUUGCACUUACGAUGGCACAAGGAUGGUCGGUUUUCAGCUUAAUUUUGUAUUGGAAUAUCAUAUGUUGUGCCCAGUUUACCAGUAUAAAGAAUUAUUUGCAUGCUGGAACCUGCGAUUUGAAUGCUUAUACUGAUGAACAAGUGAAAUUCUCGGAUGAUUGGAAUGAAGUAUUUGAUUGCAUGUUAGAACACAGUAUUAAAGAAUUCCAAUGUGCUAUUCGCAUAAUUGGUUACCUGAGAGGGUUAUUCGAAGGUAUUGCAACCAUGCUUGUUACGAAUGGGUUUUGGAUUGGCAUGAUUGCACUCUACACUAGUUUCACCGAUGAGUUGUUACCGCUGGCGAAAUUUAGAUUUUUGGUAGGUUACAUGGCCCCCAUUAUAGCGGUAUUUUUAUUUUAUUGGAGCGCGCAAAAUUUGAACAACUCGGUAUCUGCGGUAUCGCUUUCAGUCUACUCUACUCCCUGGUACCGGUCGGUAAAAAUACGAAAAAACGUGUACAUUUUCUUGUGUAAAACACAGUCAAUGAAGGAUUUCGCAGCGUUCAAAGCGUAUGGAUUGCUUUAUAAUGAUUUCUCGCGAUAUCUACAUGGCCAACUGUCAUAUACCAAUGUUCUGCGUAAACUUACAAUGAAAUGAAUUUUCACAUCGAAUGGAAUACGUAUGUAUUCGGUAUUUAAAGCAAAGCGCACAACUUUAGAAUGCUUCGGCAUUCGAUAAAAUAGAUUUUAUAUAAGAUGCAAAGGUUUCUUAAGUCUGAGUUCCCAUUAUAAGCACAAAAUGUGCACAUUCACCAAUUUUAUGUUCAAGUACCUAAGUAAUUAUUUUGGAAUUCGCGAAUUAUACACAUGUUUUGACUGAGAGAAAUAUUUAUUAAUUAUUUUCAAAAAAUUGCUAGAAUGGAGGUGACUGGUGGUUAUAAUUUAUUCGCGAUUCAUGUAUGGUUUGUAUCUAUAAGCACAAAAUGUACACAUGCACUGAUUUUAAUUUUAAGUGCUAUUAGGUCCGUAAAGGAUAAGUUAUUUCUUGUAUUUGAGUAAUUGUCUUUGAAUUCACG